AUGAAGAGCCCUAAGACAAUAAAAGAGGUACAACAAUUGGCAGGAAGGGUAGCAGCACUAUCUCGGUUCUUACCAUCAGCGUCAAGCCAAUCAUAUCACUUCUUCCAAACGAUAACAAAGAAUAAAAAGUUUCAAUGGACAGAGGAAUGCAAGAAGGCAUUCGUCGAGCUCAAAGCCAUUUUGUCAUCACCACCAGUGCUGCGAAGACCAGAAGUUGCCAACGGAACAAAGAUAUCCGAAGAUAGAACAGCUAGCUUUAACACUUGUAAUAACGGCAAGAAGGCUCAGACACUAUUUCAAAGCCACACAAUAAUAGUACGGACAAACCAACCAUUACGACAAAUACUAACAAAGCCAGAACUAGCUGGACGACUGACUAAAUGGUCUAUAGAACUCUCAGAAUUUGAUAUCCAAUUUCAACCAAGGUCGGCAUUAAAAGCACAAAUCCUUGCCGAUUUCAUAUCGGAACUAACCUCGGAUGAACACAACAAGUACUGGGAGCUACACGUCGACGGAGCAUCCAACCAAGGAGGAAGUGGAGCUGGUAUAAUUCUGAAAGAAGGAGACAACGUGGUGGCCGAGCAAUCACUACAGUUCCACUUCCCAGCAAGCAACAACCAGGCCGAGUAUGAGGCCCUCAUAGCCAGACUCAAGCUCGCCCUCAACCUCCAAGUACAAAGCCUGACAGCACACUGUGAUUCCCUCUUGGUGGUUCAACAAAUCCGAGGAGAAUAUCAGGUAAAAGAUCCCUUGCUAGAGCGAUAUUGGCUCGUAGCAAAGGAUCUCAUUUCAAAGUUCAGUACAUUUAUCAUUUUACAUGUUCAUAAAGAAAAGAAUGUUAGAGCCGACAUCCUAUCCAAACUUGCCACCACUAGGGCAGACACACAAACGUCGGCACUAUCACAGCUGACACUUAAAAAACCCAGCAUCGAAUUACUAUCCAUAACAAGCAUUAACCACCUCCAUGACUGGAGAACACUUUUUCUUGAGUACAUCAAUACAGGUACCGUGCCCAAAGACGAUCUUAACCCGCAGAAUUUCAGAAGAAAAGCAAGUCUCUAUACAAGCAUAGCGGGAGAACUUUACAAACGCGGCAUCUCUCAACCAUUGCUAAAAUGCCUAAACAUGGAUGAGGCAAGAGAGGUAAUAGAUGAAGUACAUGAGGGCAUAUGUGGAAACCACAUCGGAGGACGAGCCCUAGCCGCAAAAAUCGUCCGAACAGGAUACUUUUGGCCAACUAUGAAAAGAGAUUGCAUAACGAAAGUCAAGACAUGUGACAAAUGCCAAAAGCACGAAGCCGUCUCUACUAAGCCGGCCGAUGUAUUACACAGCAUGGAGGUAAGCUGGCCUUUUCACAGAUGGGGGCUCGAUAUCCUCGGCCCAUUUCCAAUAGCACCAGGUCAGGUAAAGUUUCUUUUAGUAUCAAUUGACUACUUCUCAAAAUGGAUAGAAGCACAACCAUUAGCAAAGAUAACAGCCGAAAAGCACCAUUUUAGCUCGGUCGAACACCCCCAAACGAAUGGGCAAGCCGAAGCUGCUAACCGAGUUAUAUUGCAGGCAAUAAAGAGAAAACUGGACAAUGCAAAGGGAGAAUGGGCCGAGCUAAUCCCAGAAAUAUUGUGGAGCUACAACACAACAAUACAAACAACCACAGGAGAAACACCCUUCAGACUAGUGUAUGGGUCAGAAGCACUAAUUCCAGUAGAGGUCGGAAUCCCCACAAUACGCAUCGAGCUCUAUGACGAACAACACAAUACUUGCACAAGAAACGCCGAGCUUGACCUCGUCGAAGAAGAUAGAGAGAUUGCGGCGAUCAAACAGAGAGCCAUGAAACAAUUGGCGGCAAGAAAACACAAUAGCAAAGUUGUCCCAAGAGCUUUCUCUAACGACGAUUUAGUCCUCAGACGAAAUGAAGAUGCCAGACGACCUCCUUUGCACGGAAAGCUCGCCGCGAACUGGGAAGGACCUUUUCGAAUAGUAAAAGUACUCGAAAUGGGGGCCUAUCAACUUCAAACAUUACAAGGCAACCCAGUGUCAGGAAACUGGAAUGUUUCAUCAUUAAAGAUGUAUAGAUCAUAA